AUGAUAUAUUUCAUAGCACAUAUAGCUAAUCUACUCUUCACUUCCAACUUGGUUUAUCGUCAUGUUCCUGACCCUUAUAUGGAUGAAAUAUUUCAUAUACCUCAAGCACAGCAGUACUGUCAAGGCAACUACUUUACAUGGGAUCCAAAGAUAACAACCCCACCUGGAUUAUAUAUCACAAGUAACGUACUGAUCUAUUUGAGUAAGAGCCUAUUUGAGUUGAAUGAUCUCUGCACUGUUCAUGCUUUACGUGUCACAAAUGCUUUAUUCUCUAUUGGAUUAUACCUUGUCCUUGCUGCAUUCUUCAAAAGAAAUAGACUUUAUGCAUUGACACUUGCUUGGUUACCUGUAAGCCACUUUUAUAGCUUCGUUUACUAUACAGAUUCGGGGUCCACUUUCUUUGUAUUGCUGUCUUAUUUACUGUUGAAGAAGAAAAAGUAUCAUCUAUCAGGCAUUGCAGGCAUGAUAUCCUUGACGUUUCGUCAAACAAAUGUUAUCUGGGUGUGUCUAUUCAUGAUGCUCACUAUUAUCGAAACACUUUCUUCUAAAGGCUUAUCGAACCCUUCCUUUGAAUCAAUAGACGGAUGGGAUAAAUCAAAUCAUAUGGCAGGUCUUCAUUUCCCGCAGCUAUUUUAUUUUACUAGCUUUUUAUCAUUUUUCACACUUCCCUUCUGGAAUAUUCAACAGAUCACCCAAUUUAUCUAUCAGUUGACUAUAAAGAGAGUUGUAUAUAGCUUGAUUUCUACAAUAAUUGCACUAUAUCUUGUACAUAAAUACACAUAUGAACAUCCUUUUAUCUUGAGCGAUAAUAGACAUUAUAGCUUUUAUGUUUGGAGAAAAAUUUAUAAAAGACACUGGUCUAUCAAGUACUUAUUGACGCCUAUUUACAUCAUCAGCGGUCAAUUCAACCUUCACAAGCUUGGCAAAGAGACUACCUUCUUGUUUAUACUUGGUUAUGUUAUCACGCUCAUCCUAACGCUCGUUCCUUCGCCUCUAUUAGAGUUUAGAUACUUUAUUAUCCCUGCUCUGUUCUACAUGAUCCAUACACCGCCUCCAUCUACUCGCUCUACAGUAUUAGCUCUCUUGUUUUACAUCUGUAUACAAGCAAGCACAAUGUAUCUAUUCAUCUAUAAACCCUUUGUGUGGCAAAACGAGCCCAAUGAGCUCCAAAGAUUUAUUUGGUAA